AGAUUGUAAACAUAAAACGUUUUGUGGAUUCUCGGUUCGCGAAAACCAAGUAAACUUUAUUCAGUGAAUUCAGCGCAUUGCGGUCUAAAUAAUGAGCCGCCGUAGGCAAGCUACUACAUCCUCCUCGGAGGACAGUUCCGUGGACAGUGAGGAAGAGGCACGUCGUCGGGAUAUCAAGGAAAGGGACGAGUUUUCCCAGCGUUUGAAGCAGAAGGAUGAAGGACGAACGCGGAAGGUGGUGGAAUCGACGAGCCGGAAAGCGUACGAGGAAGCUGCCAAGCGGUUGAAACUGGAAGCAGAAGAUCGUGACAAGUUGCUUCCAAAGUUGAGAAUUCAUUCACGCCGGCAGUACCUGGAGAAACGCAAGGAUGAUAAAGUUGCCGAGUUGGAAGCGGACAUUUUGGACGAUGAGUAUCUGUUUGAGGAGUCGAAAAUUACCGAGAAGGAACGACAGGAUCGUGAGUAUAAGAAAAGUCUGCUGCAGAUUGCCAAAGAGCAUGAGAAGGCAAGGGAGCUGGAACGGGUCCAGCGGUACCAUAUGCCGAAGGACAUCAAGAAAGGGGACAAAGAGGAGUAUGUGGAAGUUGAUGAACGGGAGAAGGUACCAAAUGCGGAACAGAAGAAAUGGGAAGCUGAACAGCUAGCUUCAGCGGUUUAUAAAUUUGGCUCGAAGGACACCCGUCAACAGGAAGAGUAUGAACUGCUGUUGGAUGAUCAGAUUGAUUUCGUCCAGGCACUCCGACUGGAUGGAACUAAAGAAAAGGACCGGAAAGCACCGGUAUCUGAGGCGGAAAGGAAGAAGAUGGACAUUGAGGAAACGAAGAAAUCACUUCCGGUUUUUCCGUUUAAGGAGGAUCUCAUUGCCGCUAUAAAAGAACACCAGAUUCUUAUAAUCGAAGGAGAAACGGGUUCGGGAAAAACGACACAGAUUCCACAGUAUCUCUAUGAAGCUGGGUUUACAAACGACGGCAAGAAGAUUGGAUGUACUCAGCCUCGUCGCGUGGCAGCGAUGUCCGUGGCGGCACGUGUUGCGCAGGAAAUGGGCGUCAAGUUGGGCAACGAAGUUGGUUAUAGUAUUCGUUUCGAGGAUUGCACAUCCGAGCGGACUGUCAUUAAAUACAUGACAGAUGGUACGUUGCACAGGGAGUUUCUUUCGGAACCGGACCUAGCUUCUUAUAGUGUGAUGAUUAUCGAUGAAGCUCACGAGCGUACGUUGCACACGGACAUUCUGUUUGGAUUGGUGAAGGACAUUGCGCGGUUUCGGUUGGAUUUGAAGCUACUGAUUUCCAGUGCCACGUUGGAUGCGGAAAAGUUUUCGGAUUUCUUCGAUGAUGCGAACAUAUUUCGUAUUCCUGGUCGUCGUUUUCCGGUUGAUGUCUUCUACACCAAAGCACCGGAAGCAGAUUAUAUCGAUGCAUGUGUGGUGUCGGUUCUACAGAUUCAUGCCACUCAGCCUCUUGGAGACAUUCUUGUAUUUUUAACUGGACAAGAGGAAAUCGAAGCCUGCCAGGAGAUGCUCCAGGAUCGCGUCAAGCGGUUGGGUUCCAAACUCAAGGAACUACUCAUCCUUCCCAUUUAUGCCAAUCUGCCGUCGGACAUGCAGGCGAAAAUUUUCGAUCCAACUCCACCGAACGCCCGGAAAGUCGUACUGGCCACCAACAUCGCCGAGACAUCACUAACCAUCGAUAACAUAAUGUACGUGAUCGAUCCGGGCUUUGCAAAGCAAAAUAAUUUUAACUCCAGAACCGGGAUGGAGACCCUGAUGGUCGUGCCCAUUUCGAAAGCGUCUGCCAAUCAACGUGCAGGUCGAGCAGGGCGCGUUGCCCCUGGCAAGUGCUUUCGUCUGUACACAGCCUGGGCAUACAAACACGAGCUGGAAGAUAACACCGUCCCGGAAAUUCAGCGCAUAAAUCUGGGCAAUGCCGUGCUAAUGCUCAAAGCUCUUGGAAUCAACGAUUUGCUUCAUUUCGAUUUUCUCGAUCCUCCACCACAUGAAACGUUGGUUUUGGCAUUGGAGCAACUUUACGCCCUAGGAGCAUUGAAUCACCACGGUGAGCUGACCAAACUUGGACGACGGAUGGCGGAAUUUCCGGUCGAUCCCAUGAUGGCAAAAAUGCUGCUUGCUAGUGAAAAGUACAAAUGUUCCGAGGAGGUGGUGGCCAUCGCUGCAAUGCUAUCAGUGAAUGGAGCCAUCUUCUACCGACCGAAAGACAAAAUCAUCCACGCCGAUACGGCACGGAAGAACUUCAACCACAUGCACGGGGACCACUUGAGUUUGCUGCAGGUCUACAACCAAUGGGCCGAAUCGGACUACAGCACUCAGUGGUGUUACGAAAAUUUCAUUCAGUUCCGUUCGAUGAAACGAGCUCGCGAUGUCCGGGAGCAGCUGGUUGGGUUAAUGCAGCGAGUCGAAAUCGAAAUGGUUUCCAGUCUGCCGGAAACGACCAACAUCCGGAAGGCUAUUACAGCCGGGUACUUUUAUCACGUCGCUCGGCUUUCCAAAGGGGGUCACUACAAAACGGCCAAGCACAAUCAGACGGUGAUGAUCCAUCCGAAUUCGGCACUGUUCGAAGAACUGCCUCGUUGGGUGCUGUACCACGAGCUGGUGUUUACGACAAAGGAGUACAUGCGGUCGGUGAUUGAAAUCGAGAGCAAGUGGCUGCUGGAGGCGGCACCGCAUUACUACAAACCGAAGGAGCUCGAGGAUUCCACCAAUAAAAAGAUGCCGAAAACGAUCGGUCGGGCCACGCUGACCGAGGCGUAGGUUGUGAUGAGACGGUUU